AUGUCUGCCUUUCAUAUUGACGCCGAAUACGAUUGCAUCGUCGUUGGAUCUGGACAUGCAGGGAGUUGUGCUGCUCUUGCUGCUAUCGACUUUGGAUGCAAAAAAGUUCUGAUGGUCGAUAAAUGCCCCGAGGAAUGGAGAGGGGGAAAUGGAUAUUUCACAGCAGGUGCACAUCGCACGGCGCAUGCAGGGCUGCUAGACUUGAUGUCGCUUCUCGCAUGCCCUCCAUCGGCCAAUGAAAUGGAACAGAUAGACAUUGCACCCUACACAGAAGAAGAAUUUGCCAGAGAUAUUCAACGGCUUGGCUCCGGCCGGGCAGACGAGGAUAUUGUGCAUGCGCUUGUGCACGAUUCUAGAGGCACAUUGCAGUGGCUAAGGGAGAGUAUUGGGGUGCAAUUCACGCUUUCAUUUAAUCGGCAAGCCUACAAGGUUGACGGAAGGAAUAAAUUUUGGGGUGGUAUGGCUUUAAGUGUAGAAGAUGGUGGAAAGGGGUUAAUGAAGGCGCAUCAGAACGCUUUGAAAAAAGCGCAAGUAGAGAUAUGGUUUGAAACACGAGCCAUUGAGCUGUUAGUGAACGACAAUGGAUCGGAGGUUGUAGGAAUUGUUGUCCAAAAGAAAGAGGACUAUCUCAGGCUCAAAGCUCGGUCUGUGGUGUUGGCUGCAGGAGGGUUCGAAGCCAGCCCCGAGAAAAGAGCUGAAUAUCUUGGGCCCGAAUGGUUUAAUGCCCGCGUGCGAGGAACCCCGUACAACACGGGUGAUGGCUUUGAGCUUGCAAGUGCGGUUGGCGCGAAGUUUACCGGAGAUUGGGCAGGGUGUCACAGCACCGCAUGGGAUGCAAACGCUUCCCCCGACGGUGGCCAACGAGAGAUGACGAAUCAAUACACCAAGUCGGGAUAUCCACUGGGAAUUAUGGUAAACUUGAAUGGGUUGCGCUUUGUCGAUGAAGGCGAAGACUUCCGCAAUUACACAUACGCAAAAUUUGGACGAGCCAUUCUGCAGCAACCAGAUGGCUGCGCAUUCCAGAUAUGGGACAGCCAGGUGCUAAAUUACCUCAGGAAAGAAGAGUAUGGAGACGAUGUGGUACAAAAGGCAUGGGCACAAAGCGUUGAAGAGCUGGCUGACAUAUUGAGUGGUGCACACUGGGGCUUGAAGGACAAGACACAGUUUGUGAAGACGAUUCGAGAGUUCAACGAGGCCGUCCGGGCAAGGGGGAAAGAGAGCGAAGGCCCGUGGAACCCCGCUGUGAAGGACGGACUGACAACCCAGUCAAAAAACAUCAGACUUGCUAUUCCAAAAAGCAACUGGGCGCUUGUGAUAGAAAAGGGACCAUUGAUGGCUGUUAAGGUAGCCUGCGGCAUCACAUUCACAUUUGGAGGGGUAGCCAUUGAGGCGGAGACAGCGCAGGUGGUGUCUGCGAAAACAAAUGAGGCUAUUCGGGGACUGUUCUGCACAGGAGAGAUGGUUGGAGGGCUGUUCUAUGGAAACUACCCAGGUGGCUCUGGAUUGACCGCUGGUGCUGUCUUUGGGCGAAAAGCUGGCCGUGGCGCUGGACAGAGGUGUGACGUCAGGCGAGAGUAG